GUUUGGUUUUGUUUUCCUUCAAUCAGCCUGGGAGCUGUGGACCCCAUUGGAAUCCUAGCCGAACACCUUGUAAUGGAGCCUUCAUCUCUUGAGUUACCAGCUGACACAGUGCGACGUAUUGCCUCUGAACUUAGAUGUCACCCAACAGAUGAGAGGGUCGCCCUCCGCCUCGACGAGGAAGAUAAACUGAGGCCUUUUAGGGAUUGUUUUUAUAUCCCCAAAAUGCAGGAUCUGCCUCUAAUUGAUUUAUCUUUAGUGAAUAAGGAUGAAAAUUCCAUCUAUUUCUUGGGAAAUUCUCUUGGCCUUCAACCAAAAAUGGUUAAGCCAUAUCUGGAAGAAGAACUAGAUAAGUGGGCCAAAAUGGGAGCCUAUGGUCAUGACAUAGGUAAACGUCCUUGGAUUACAGGAGAUGAGACUAUUGUAGGUCUAAUGAAUGACAUUGUAGGAGCAAAAGAGAGAGAAGUAGUCCUAAUGAAUGGUUUGACUGUUAAUUUACAUCUUUUACUGUUGUCAUUUUUUAAGCCUACACCAAAACGAUAUAAAAUUGUUUUAGAAGCCAAAGCCUUCCCUUCGGAUCAUUAUGCUAUUGAGUCACAGCUUCAACUUCACAAUCUUAAUGUUGAGAAAAGUAUGCGGAUUAUAAAUCCAAGAGAGGGGGAAGAAACCUUGAGACUAGAGGAUAUCCUUGAAGUAAUCGAAAAGGAAGGAGACUCAAUUGCAGUGAUCCUGUUCAGUGGGCUGCACUUUUACACAGGACAGUUCUUUAAUAUACCUGCCAUCACAAAAGCUGGGCAAGCAAAGGGUUGUUUUGUUGGCUUUGAUCUAGCACAUGCAGUUGGAAAUGUUGAACUCCAUUUACAUGACUGGGGAGUUGAUUUUGCCUGCUGGUGCUCCUACAAGUAUUUAAAUUCAGGAGCAGGAGGACUUGCUGGAGCCUUUGUCCAUGAAAAGCAUGCCCAUACAAUCAAACCUGCGUUAGUGGGAUGGUUUGGCCAUGAACUCAGCAGCAGAUUUAAGAUGGAUAACAAACUGAAGCUAAUCUCUGGGGCCAGUGGAUUCCGAAUUUCGAAUCCUCCCAUUUUGUUGGUCUGUUCCUUACAUGCUAGCUUAGAGAUCUUUAGGCAAGCAACUAUGAAAGCAUUGAGGAGAAAAUCUAUUUUGCUGACUGGUUAUCUUGAAUACAUGAUCAAGCAUUAUUAUAGCAAAGAUAAAGCAGAACCCAGGAAACCAAUUGUGAACAUAAUUACUCCAUCGUGUCUAGAGGAGCGUGGCUGCCAGUUAACACUAACGUUUUCUGUUCCCAUGAACCGUGUAUUCCAAGAACUAGAAAAGAGAGGAGUGGUUUGUGACAAGAGGGAUCCAAAUGGCAUCCGUGUGGCUCCAGUUCCUCUGUACAAUUCUUUCCACGAUGUUUACAAAUUUGUCAAUCUAUUUGCUUCCACACUUAACUCUGCAGAAACAGAAAAAUAGCAGUGUUUUCUAGAACAACUUAAGCAAAUCUUAAUGAAAGCUGCUGUAGUUAUUUUGUUCUUAUUAUUCAUGUUUUAAUUAUGGGAAAUAUUUUAAAACUGAUUACACAUGAUUGGUAGAAUGAAUUGUAUAUUUCAGAAACAUCUUAUAGAAUUAUAAGAACCUGUGGCUCUGAGGAACCCAAUUAUUUGUCCAGUUUCUUAGUGUUUUAGUGGAUCAAAGUGUUCAUUGGUCCAAGUAUUGUCCCAUAGCUUUGGUUACCUGUCACAUUUAACCAUCAGGGAAAUGUUAUAUUGGUUUAGUUUAUAACUUCUAGUUUAACUGACAACUUCAUAAUAUAUGUGUAAUUUUUGUGUAAAUUUUAGAGACAUUUGUUUUAAUUAACCGAAGAGUUUCUAAUGAGCAUUGUAUUUGAACUUUCUGAUGUAUGUAUGAAUGAAUUGCUACAACGCAAUUAUUGCUCUUGAUGCAACAAAUCUGAAUGAAAUUAACUUGAAUGACCACUUUGGAUGGUACAGUUAAAUAAAAAGAUGCAGAGCUCCCACACUAAUGCUAGAACUACUGAUAUUUUUCUAGUAAUUACCAUGUACUAUGCACUGUGCUACACUGUUUUCCUUAGCUCACUUAAUUGAGUGGUUGCAUAAUUGUUAGCAAAGCUUCCCACUCCAACUUUUGGCAAAAUCCUACAACUCAACCACAGACAACUUCAUGUGAAAGGGCUCAUUUUUGAAUCUCACAGUGGUAAACAAAAUAGACAUAGUUUCAGCUUUUGUGGAACAUGUAACUUAGUGAGAAAAACAGCAAACAGAAACACCCAAGUAAAUAUUUAAUUGCAAACUCUAACUUCUAUGAAACACAAACAGAUAAUACUUUGAGGAAAAAAAAUCUCAGGGGUAUUAGUCAGAUGGUUGAGUAAGAUUAGGUACACGGAAGUGCUUAUAAGUUUAAGUUCUAAAAUAUUUCCGGCUAAUCACAUUAGAAUUACAUUAAAGUAUAUAUACAAUUCAUUCAAAGUCUAACCAGCACUAUGUUCUCAUCACUCAGGUUAAGGAAAAGGGCAUUAGAAACUCCCUUUUUCUCAGCUUGCCUUCCCCUCCUUCCCUAAAUCCAGAGAUAAUCAUCAAAUUAUACUUUGUGUCAAUCAUUCUUUUACUUUCCUGAAAGUUUUACACCUAGGGUAUGUACCAAUAAAACUAUAUUAGCUAUUUUUUCCUGUGUGUGAACGUUGUAUAAAUGUAAUCAUGCUGUAUACAUUCUUCUACCUCUUUUGCUCAACAUCAUACUUUUUGAGAUACAUUCAUUUGUUGCAUAUGGCUUUUUAUCCAUUUCCAUGGCUGUCCAGUAUUCAAUUAUGUAACUGGAGUUAUUAAUUCAUUCUACUACUGAUGAAUAUUUGAGUUGGUCCAAAUAUUUUUAAUAUUGCAAUAAUGCUCCUAUUAACAUUCUUGGUACACACGUUUAAAAGUUUGUCUAGGUCAUGUAACUGAAAAUGCAGGGUCACGGGGCACACACCUGCUCAGCUUUAUAAUGUAAUAUCAAACUCUUUUCCAAAGUGGUUAUAUCAGUUUUCACUCCAAACAGUAGGAAAUAAGAGUUCCUUUGCCCCUGAUCUUUGCCAGUGGUAGCUAUUGAUUGUCUUUGUCAUGUAUGCUUGUUAAAAUAGCCAGGGUCAUUGUUAAAAUAUGAGGACACUC